AUGCAUUUCCCGCAGACUUCGUACGCGAGUCACACCGCAGGACAACAGACCAAUGGUGUGGUCAGUGGCGGCACUCAUGUCAUGGCAAUACCUCAGCAACAGAUCAUGACAGCCGCCAACGGUAUCUCAUAUAUCGCCAGUCCGUCGGCCACUGGUGUCCAACAACAGCAGCAAAUCAUUAGCACAUCCGGCGCUCUCACACCUCAACUUCUGCAACAAUUGCAGCAACACUUGUGCUCACAGAAUGUGAUGACCGCUCAGCCGACCACUCAAUAUGUGAUAUCAACCCAGGGAUCCGCUGCCGGCGCCGGCACUGCCAUCGCUGGCAUUCCUCACGGCUAUCAAGCGGUUCAAACAGUCGGUGGACAGCAGGUCCUCAUUCAGACCAACGCCGCUCUCAGCCAACAAAUGUCAGCCAAUGGUGUGAGCGUUCAGACGGCGGCCAACGCGUCAGCCAAUCAAAUGGUUCAACUCGUGCUGUCCAACGGUCAGGUCAUUACCACUACUUUAGCCAAUUUGCAGGCCAUGGGAGUGACGGCUCCGUCCCCUCAGAUCAACGCCACACAAACGCCUCAACAAUACUCAACACAAUACCAGACAUCAAACGGCAAUAUCAUUGUGACGGGCGCUCAACCGUCCGCCCCAUCCAUACCUCUUCAGACACAGAUUGUGACCAACUCUGCCGGACAGAUGUUCGCCAUCACACCACAGAUCGCCGGUCAACCCAUACAACAGCCAAUGAUCGCACAGCAAACGGCUCCCAACGGCACCACUCAAUACAUACAGAUCACCGCUCAGCCAUACGUACAACAAAUGGCACAACAAAUGGUUGCACAACAGCCGCAAGUGAUGGCCAAUACGGCGGCUCUCGUCCAACAACACCAACAACAAGAAGAUCACAACAAACUCGUAGCGCAACAACAGCUCAUUCAACAGCAACUACUUCUCCAACAGAAACAACAGUCAGAGCAACAAAAUAUUAAAUCCAGUGAAUCCCAGACUCAGACGCGGGCGUCGAGUUCGCCGUCCAAUGUGUCCACCACUCAGAUCAUUGUCUCGUCGACCACUUCCAGACCUCAAUCGUUGGACAAUUCAGCGACAGUUCAGGAAAAUACUAGUCAUUCGCUCGAAAACACCACUGAUAUCGCGGCCGGAGAUAAGGUAUCGGUUCAAAGUCAGACCUCAUCGCCGUCUUCGUCGUCCAAUCACAUGGAGGCCGAGUCCACCACUCAUUGCAAUCUUCCCAAUAAAGAUACGAUCAGUAAUACUGAGGCCAAUAUUGUGGACGGAAUUAAUUUGGAAGAAAUCAAAGAUUUUGCCAAAGCCUUCAAAAUCAGGCGCUUGUCCUUAGGGUUAACCCAAACACAAGUGGGACAGGCGUUGAGCGCCACCGAAGGGCCCUCUUAUAGUCAAAGUGCGAUUUGCAGAUUCGAGAAACUGGAUAUAACGCCAAAAAGUGCACAAAAAAUAAAACCGGUUUUAGAAAAUUGGAUGAAAGAAGCGGAGGAAAGGUAUAAGAAUGGGAACCAAACGUUGACUGAAUUCAUCGGCAGUGAGUCCAGUAAGAAGAGGAAACGGCGGACGUCUUUCACACCCAAUGCGUUGGAAUUGUUGAACAUAUUCUUCGAGAAGAACACACAUCCGACCGGUUCUGAAAUGACAGAACUGUCGGAACAACUGAAUUACGAGAGAGAAGUGGUCAGAGUUUGGUUCUGUAAUAAACGCCAGGCGUUGAGGAAUACGAGCAAAAAGUUUGAGACAAACUAUCAUCAAAUCGGAUGAAAAACUAUAUACAAAGUAUAGACAAC